UAUAUAUGAUACCAAUCUCUAUAUUUCAAAUCAUUAUAAAGCCAACCAUAUAACUCAGAUUCCUUGAUCUCUAGUCUCCACCUGUCCUAUAUGGCUUACAGUAACGGGUAUGACUGGAACAUGCCUCCCUUCCUAUCCAACAAUGAUGAUACUUCACAAACAAUGGAUAAUUAUAUGAACUUGAGAGAGUUAUCCAACUAUCCACUUCCCCUCGGGUUAAAACUCACAUUGACACCUGAGAUGCUUCCAUACACAGAACAAAAACCAAAUGCUGCUACUAAAAUACAAUCAACUUCAUGCCAACAACAAAUUAAGAAAGUUGAGAAGUUGAAAGCUGUUCAUGUUCCAAUGUAUAUGCUCAUGAUCGGAUUUUUCAAGAUUGAGGCUAAAUAUCCGGCGGAUUUGGUUUCUAAGUUUUACUAUGCUAAACGAAAGUUGGUGUGGGAGAUACUGCGCGAUGGUUUAAAGGACAAGAUUGAAAUACAAUGGCGAAAUAUUACAGCCAUCCGAGCUAUUAUCGAGGAUAAUUUACCGGGCAUCCUAGAAAUUGAGCUUGACAAAGUUCCAUCCUUCUUUCGUGAGAUUGAACCAAAGCCUGGAAAGCAUACUGUGUGGACAUUAUCUCAUGACUUCACUCAGGGACAAGCUUCCAAAUACCGGAGGCACUAUAUUCAAUUCCCUCCUGGAGUUCUUGAUCAAUACUAUGUAAAGCUCUUGCAAUGCGAUAAUCGAUUGUUGGAAUUGAGCCAGAGACCGUUUCCUAGUUCGCACGCUAUUUAUUUUGAUUCACAUUUAGAUAGGAGGACAACACAACUUAAUUUUUGUCAUGAUGAUUCAGAGAACACCUCUGUUGCAGAUGAGACCAUCAACAAUCAAAUGCUUCAAAAUCCAAUGAUGUCUUCAUCCUCUUGGAGUCAAGGCUCUUAUGAUUACACUUCACUUUCAAUGGAGUCUGUCCCAAGUGCAAGUUACAUACAAGCACAACCAAGUGAACAUGCUUGGUUAAAUUAUGAAUUGCCUAGUCACAUUAAUAACAUGAUGAUAGGAGGAUACCAUGACCAAGAAAUUGAAUUCAACACAACACAAUCAAUUGAAGCAAGUCUUGUUUACAAUUACAACACCAAUACAAGCACACAAAUUGAUUGGUCUAUGUUUAGCUGAUUACUCAAGAAACUCCCUCCGCCUCCGCCUCAAAUUAAGUGUCAUUUUUGUUUUUUCACAUAGAUCAAGAGCUGUAAUUUGUGAAUAAAUAAGUGUACUAUUUUGCAAAAUUUAAUCACAACUUCGAUGGCUGGAACGAUUUUUCUGAACUCCAGUGAAGUACUCCUAAAAGUGCUAGAAUAUAUUUAUCAGAUGUGAUCACUUCUAUCACAUACACUUGUUGAACUCAC